GUCAGUCUGCCCAGCAGCAUCAAACACACCUGGGCUCCAUCUUUAUGCUGCUGGAGGAAAACAUCUUCACUUUUGUGAAGAACGAGCUGAAGAAGAUUCAGAAGGUUCUGAGUCCAGAUUACCCAGAAUGCUCAGAGAGUCAGAGGGAGGAUGUGGAUGAAGAGCAGAGGAGGAGCAGAGAGGCAUUUCUGAAGAUCACAUUGCACUUCCUGAGGACAAUGAAGCAGGAGGAGCUGGCUGACUGUCUGCAGAGCAGAAGUCACUCUGGAGUUUGUAAGCAGAAACUCAAAUCUCACCUAAACAAGAAGCUCCAGUGUGUGUUUGAAGGGAUUGCUAAAUCAGAAAACCCAACCCUUCUGAAUCAGAUGUUCACAGAGAUCUACAUCAUGGAGGGAGGGACUGCAGAGGUCAAUGAUGAACAUGAGGUCAUACAGAUUGAAACAGCAUCUAGGAAACCAGACAGACCAGAAAUAACAAUCAGACAAGAAGACAUCUUUAAAGCCCCACCUGGAAGAGAUAAACCAAUUAGAACAGUGAUGACAAAGGGAGUGGCUGGCAUCGGGAAAACAGUCUUAACACAGAAGUUCACUCUGGACUGGGCUGAAAACAAAGCCAACCAGGAAAUCCAGUUCAUAUUUCCAUUCACUUUCAGAGAGCUGAACAUGCUGAAAGAGAAAAAGUACAGCUUGGUGGAACUUGUUGAUCACUUCUUUAGUGAAACCAAAGAAGCAGGAAUCUGUAGGUUUGAAGAGUUCCAGGUUGUGUUCAUCUUUGACGGUCUGGAUGAGUGUCGACUUCCUCUGGACUUCCACAACACUGAGAUCCUGACUGAUGUUACAGAGUCCACCUCAGUGGGUGUGCUACUGACAAACCUCAUCAGGGGGAAACUACUUCCCUCUGCUCGCCUCUGGAUAACCACACGACCUGCAGCAGCCAAUCAGAUCCCUCCUGAGUGUGUUGACAUGGUGACAGAGGUCAGAGGGUUCACAGACCCACAGAAGGAGGAGUACUUCAGGAAGAGAUUUACAGAUGAGGAGAAGGCCAGCAGAAUAAUUUCCUACAUCAAGACAUCACGAAGCCUCCACAUCAUGUGUCACAUCCCAGUCUUCUGCUGGAUCACUGCUACAGUUCUGGAGGAGGUGUUGAAGACCAGAGAGGGAGGAAAGCUGCCCAAGACCCUGACUGAGAUGUACAUCCACUUCCUGGUGGUUCAGUCCAAAGUGAAGAACAUCAAGUAUGACCAAGGAGCUGAGACAGAUCCACACUGGAGUCCAGAGAGCAGGAAGACUGUUGAGUCUCUGGGAAAACUGGCUUUUGAGCAGCUGCAGAAAGGCACCCUGAUCUUCUAUGAAUCAGACCUGACAGAGUCUGGCAUAGAUAUCAGAGCAGCCUCAGUGUACUCAGGAGUGUUCACAGAGAUCUUUAAAGAGGAGAGUGGACUGUACCAGGACAAGGUGUUCUGCUUCAUCCAUCUGAGUAUUCAGGAGUUUCUGGCUGCUCUUCAUGUCCAUCUGACAUUUUCCAACUCUGGAGUAAAUCUGCUGUCAGAAGAACAAUCAACAUCAACACGUUUCUACCAGAGUGCUGUGGACGAAGCCUUACGAAGUCCAAAUGGACACCUGGACUUGUUCCUCCGCUUCCUCCUCGGUCUUUCACUGCAGACCAAUCAGACUCUCCUAGGAGGCCUGAUGAAACAGACAGUAAGUAGCUCAGUGACCAAUCAGGAAACAGUGGACUACAUCAAGAAGAAGAUCAGUGAGAAUCUGUCUGCAGAGCGAAGCAUCAAUCUGUUCCACUGUCUGAAUGAACUGAAUGAUCAUUCUUUAGUUGAGCAGAUCCAAGAGGCCCUGAUAUCAGGACUCCUCUCAACAUAUAAACUGUCUCUUGCUCAGUUGUCAGCUCUUGUCUUCAUCUUACUGUCAUCAGAAGAAGAUCUGGACGUGUUUGACCUGAAGAAAUACUCGGCUUCAGAGGAGGCUCUUCUGAUGCUACUGCCAGUGUUCAAAUCCUCCAACAAAGCUCUACUGAGUGGCUGUCACCUGUCAAAGAGAAGCUGUGAAGCUCUGUCUUCAGUUCUCAGCUCCCAGUCCUCUAGUCUGAGAGAGCUGGACCUGAGUAACAACAACCUGCAGGAUUCAGGGUGGAAGCUGAUCUCUCAUGGACUGAAGAGUCCACACUGCACACUGGAGACUCUCAGACUGAGUGUCUGUAACCUGUCAAAGAGAAGCUGUGAAGCUCUGUCCUCAGUUCUCAGCUCCCAGUCCUCUAGUCUGAGAGAGCUGGACCUGAGUUACAAUGACCUGCAGGAUUCAGGAUUGAAGCUGAUCUCUGUUGGACUGAAGAGUCCACAUUGCACACUGGAGACUCUAAGGCUGAUUGGCUGUAACCUCUCAGAAAGAAGCUGUAAAGCUCUGUCCUCAGUUCUCAGCUCCCAGUCCUCUAGUCUGAGAGUGCUGGACCUGAGUAACAAUGACCUGAAGGACUCAGGAGUGACGAUGGUGUCUGAUGGACUGAAGAUUCCACACUGCAGACUGGAAACUCUCAGUCUCUCAGGCUGUCUGAUCUCAGAGGUAGGCUGUACUUUUCUGGCUUCAGCUCUGAGAUCCAAUCCCUCCCAUCUGAGAGAGCUGGACCUGAGCUACAAUCAUCCAGGAGACUCAGGAGUGAAGCUGCUUUCUACUUUACUGGAGGAUCCAAACUGGAGACUGGACACUCUCAGGGUGGACCAUGGUGGACCGCAGAGACUGAGACCUGGUGUAAGGAAGUAUGUCUGUGAACUGGAACUGGACACAAACACAGUACACAGAAAACUCAAACUGUCUGACAACAACAGGAAGGUGACAUAUGUGGAGGAGUAUCAGUCAUAUCCUGAUCAUCCAGACAGAUUUGACCACUCGGCUCAGCUGCUGUGUAGAAAUGGUCUGACUGGUCGCUGUUACUGGGAGGUUGAGAGGAGAGGAGAGAUUGAUAUAUCAGUGAGUUACAGAGGAAUUAGCAGGAGAGGAAACAGUCAAGACUCUAUGUUUGGAGGGAAUGAUCAUUCCUGGAGACUGCAGUGCUCUGAUGGUGGUUACUCUGUCUGGCACAAUAAGAGAAGAACACGCAUCUCCUCCUCCUCUUCUGACAGAGUAGGAGUGUAUGUGGACGUUCCUGCUGGCAUUCUUUCCUUCUACACAGUAUCCUCUGACUCACUGAUCCACCUCCACACCUUCAACACCACAUUCACUCAGCCUCUCUAUCCUGGGUUUUGGAUCUGGUCUGGUUCCUCAGUGUCUCUGUGUCCUGUGCAGGACUGAGAGUUUAUCCUGUGGACAGAAACACUGACUGAAGAACAGCUGCUGAAAUCAAAGUUCAAUCUGUCACCAUCACACCCUAUGCACUGUGAAGCAGAUCUGAUUUCAUUUCUUUCAUUAUCAACAUUCGACUACAAACACUUCAUCAUAUUUAACAUCUAAACAAUAAUGAACUAUCAAUGCUAACUAUUUCUUUUAUAUUUUGAAUUAUGCUGUAAUGUAAUGAAUGUAAUAGACCGAAUCACGGUGACGUCGCUCUAACACAAAAAGCUCUUCUGUGUAGACAAAUGGCCGUUGAUUUGAAUUGCAGAGAUUGUGAAAUUGGCAAACUUGUUCAUUUCUAUUGUCAUUUUCAGCCGUUACUUUUAAUGUUGAAAGAUGUAUAGUUAAACACAGAGGUCCCACCUAUGUGUGGUCUCUGCUGUUGCUUAUUUUCUGUACUGUUUUGCUUUGCUAGCAUCUUAAAUAAACCAAAUCUAGCGUUAGAAACCCCAACAUCUCUCUGUCGGUCAGACUGACUGCUAGUUUGGGUGGUGUCAUUUUCUUAAGUCUGUGGCCCAACAGGUAAAUAAACAUUAGUAAAAGUGUUGACAUAUGAAAGCAUCAAACAUGUAUUUUAGAUGAAGGGGAGGAGAGUAUAUCCAGUUGUUCCUUGUUCCUGUUUGCUCAGCGCCGUUAAAUUCUAAGUACGGGACGCAGAAGUUUUCUGCCCGGAACUUAUUGUAAACAAAUAUUGUUAUUGGAUCUAUACUGUCAUUAAUUUAAAACGUGGAUUUUCUUUUUAAACAUUCAUAUUUUCUUUUGAGGGCAGUCAAAUGAUUUCUGUUUCCCAAUCCUAUUUCAUGGCUCACCUGAUCCAUUUCCUUUGCUCUUCAUUCAAAUACUAUGAAAAGCUAUGAAC